GUGACUUAUUUAGCAGUUAUUAGCUGCUGUGGGCGUGUAGAACAGGUUUCAGCAUAUAAAACAGGUGUGAUAAGGGCUACAGAUGCAUUUAUUAUAUUAUUAUGGAAUGCGCUAAUCAAUCAAGACCUGCUUGAGUCACAUGAGAGCUUUUAGAGUCUAGAUUACUGUGCCCAUCUAAGUAAAAAGUAAUCAAUCGGUAUAGAAAUGUCCGGAAUCCCGAAUUCCGAAUUUGCUUAUUAUUCCAAAGCACGCGUUCGUAUUAUUUUAAGUGUUAGAAUGCUCGAAUUGUCGUGUUGCGCGGACAUGUAGGAAGUGGAACCUUUGGUUCUGUCACGAGUUGGUUCGAUCACAAGAAACUGAAACCUCAAUCCAAAUUUCCUCCCGGGAAAUGUUUUCCGUUUCUUCCGAGGAUGACGAUGGAACGUUCUCACCACCGAUUAGUGGAAGUACUUUGUGAGAAUGGAGGGAUCCAUACCGAACCCGCACCACGAGUCUUUGUCUGCGCUUGUCGCCUUGGGUACACUGGUAACUCAUGCAAAACAGGUUAGAACACUUUAUAAAAACAUGGCUGGACGUAAUAAUUCUUCAGUUAUUCGCACAAAGAACUUCCAUUACCCCUUCCAGUGUACUUAUGGACGUCGUUCAACUGUGUCCACAAGCUACAGCCACACAGGAAACUACUUCGCGUCCGAAGAUGCAUAUGGCAACUUCACGUUCAAGAUGGCGCUUUAUCGUAACCAAAGCUUUAGCACAUCAUUCGAGUCUCGCGAGUAUCCAAUCAGCAUCGAGCUCGACGAGCCCUUGUACGUGGGGCACAGCGUGACGUCAUCCACAGCGGACCUCGUGGUGUUUGCCGAGACAUUCCGUGCUACCACCACAGGCAACCCAAACUCCUUGCCGCAUUACGAUUUCAUCAGAGACGGCUGCGAGGUAGACGACACGAUGACGUAUAACUACACGCUGAACCGAGUGCAGAGGUUCACGAUCCACUCAUUCCGCUUCAUCGCCAACCAUACCGUGAUUUACCUGCCCUGCUUCCUCAUGGUUUGUCACAAAAACGCCUCAGACUCACGCUGCCACAGAGGAUGUGCUCAGCCAAUGAGAGCGCGCCGUCACAUCGAGGCUAGUAUGCGUGACUUCGAGGCUGGAUUGCGUGACUCCGACUCUGGAAUGCGCGAAAAAGUGCGACGGGAUGUACUUGAUGGCUCCAUGCUUUACGAAUUGACUCCUGGUCCAAUGAAAAGACGUUCUAUUGGUGGUACUGGUGAGGAAGUCGGCAAAAAGGCGUCGAAUAAAGAGCAAGGUUUGAAUAAUAUUUUAUGCUCCAAAACGUCUCUCUUGUUUUUCUUCUUUGUUUUUCUUCCUUUCUUCUCCUUCGUAUUUUAUACAGUCCAGUCAAUCUGUGGUUUGUGGUGAAACUAGUUGCAAUAGAAUCUCUCUCAGCGGGUUUUGAACAAUUGAUACAACCUAGUUAUAUGCUAUAAAAGUCCCCCCAAACCCCUUCCGAGCAACAUUCCAAAAUACGCGAUUUUCCUUUUCGGAGGUAAACCAUAGGAAAUAGAGAUAUAAAUUUCCACGCACAGCAAUAGAUGUUAUCUUCUUAUUUUCUUAUUAUAGCAAUCUGUUUAUUUCCAUUUAUUCUUUACAUCGUCUAGUGAUUUUGAUAAACCAUACUAUUGAAACAUAAACUAACUUCACUUAUCUAAGUGUUAAAGGUGAUUCCAAGCUGAAUCACGUUCUGGUGGGGGUCGGGGCAACAUUCGGAGGCUUGUUUCUUGUCGUCUGUGCCAUUUUGGUCUUCGUCCUUCGCCGGAAGCAUGACCGACCGGGAGUGCCUGCUGAUCACGUGAGAUCCUACGCACAAAGGGGCGUCACUGAUGACGAAGGCCAGGCUUCUAAGCAAGAGGAAAUCUAGCAUUUGUUAGUAGCUUUAUAGCAGUUUUGUAGUGCCCGAGCAGCGAUCUUUAGAGUUGGAAUUCAAUUAAAGCCCUUUUUAAAACGGUAAACAACAAGAUGAAGUACAUAUUAAGUAGGACAGAUGAACUUUAUAUGUUUUCAAGCGAAAUUGUGAUUGGUGCAUAUGUUUCUCUAUUGUUGUGUUGUGGUGUGAUAUGUUUCUCUAUUGUUGUGAUUACUUUGUUUCUGUAGAUACCCGCACAACUGGAUGGCAGAUAAGAGAGUGUAUAAUCAUGGAAUCCUUAAAUAUGUAUAUCCUUCUUUGUUAUAUGUUUUUUUUUUUUUACAUAAACCACAACACAAACCUUGUUGAGGCCAUAUUUGGGAUUCCGAAACUCCGGAGAGCCGGGUGGCAGGCUAGUUGCAACGAGAUGGUCGCCAUACCAGGUCAUCGAUGAUGUCAAUUAAAAAUAAUGCCACGGUCACAGUAUUUAUCACACUUUCUUUGUUCCCUAACUCGAUUCAAACUUUUUUUCUUUUACGAUUCAAACUGAAAACGCUACAGUUCCACACCCAGGGAGGGUGGGGUGGGGGGGGGCAAAAUCGUUUUUUUUUUUUUUUGCCAUUGCUGCAUCUGUAUCUCCACGGUACGAUUAUUAUCGGAUUUAGAUAAGAAAAAGUUUGACUUUUAGAUUGUUGAAUUACCAGAAUGAUCUAGAAUGCAUUUUUUUAAAAUCUAAUUUGUUUUUUAUGCUUUAUCGUAUAUAGCACGUCUAUAUUGCAAACCGACGUUCCGCCGUUGUGCAGCUCCCCCCCCCCCCCCCCCUGGGGUACGAGCCUGCGCUAUACAGCCCUCGAAGGCUUUAAAAUUGAUUGAAAUUAAAAUGCUCUGUUCUCAGUAUUUUUUAUCUUUCAAGCUUGCUGUCAGCAGGCUAACCCCCCCCCCCCCCCCAACCUAACUAAAAUCUUCAUCAUUUCAUUGAUCGAAAAUGUGUAUCUUUAUGUAUGUUUAUGAGUAAGAUUUGUUGAUUUAAGACUUUUUUUUAAUAUAAGAACUCUUUGAUAUUAAAAGUGCUGUUUGUUAGUGAAUGCUCUUCAUAAACGACGAAAAUGAAGACAAUUUAUUUUUAAUUUAAUUAAAAAUACACUAUUGUUUGUCUUGUCGUCUCAAGAGAAAUAAAUGUUUUAUGAUACGAUCAA